AUGGAUAAAAACAAUGUGUCAAUACAGAAUAGCAGCGAUCCUUGCAAAUAUUUGUGGCUACUUUCGUUUCUCACAUUCGGUGGAGCUAUCUCAGAAGAACAACUACAAACCAACACUAGACAGAAACGACUUUUUAGCAUCUUCAAUAUCGUCACCUUUAAGAACGAAGCUUGUGCAACAACGGGAGCUGGAAAUUUGGUUGGAACCUGCUUGACCUCCACUGAGUGCACUGCCAAAGGCGGAUCUCCGUCUGGCAAUUGCGCUGCAGGCUUUGGAGUGUGUUGUCUUUUUAGUGUGGGUGGUGAUUGUUCAGGUGACAAAACCAUUUCUCAAAAUUGUACAUACAUUCGGAACAAUGGAUAUCCCUCGGCCGACAGCACCAUAAGUGAGACGUGUACAUACAAUUUCGACCGGAUCUGUGACAAUCUUUGCCAGAUCAGGUUGGAUUUCAAUACUUUGACUUCGCUGAGUUCGGCAACUGGCUUGUGUGGAACCGCGGCUGAUGCCAUAACAGUGACAAGUCCAUUUUCAUCUUCGGCCGACGCGUUUCCGCCGACAGUAUGUGGAACAUUGACGGACAACACAGUAAGUUGAACAGAAUGUAAGAAGUUGGUAAUCCAAUCCUAUUUGCAAAUCCAUUUGGUAGCGCCAAUCCUUUGCUUA